UCUUUCUGACCUAUCAAUUUAAAUUUGACUGAAAAAAAAGAUAAAACACUUGGAAGAAAACAGAAUCCAUCUUUUCAUCCUCAACGAUUCCAUUUCACACUUUUUCUAUGGAAUAUAUUUGUCUGUCACGAAUCUUGUUCUAGCAGAUUAAAAAAGUCUGUAUUUUGAGGAGGAAGACAUCGACUCUAAAACAAAGAAUUAGAGAAGAAAGUGGAGGGUUUUUGGAGGCAGAGAGACAAGAACUAACUGGUUAAUUCUUGUUGGAAGCCAUGGAUACGAGUGAGGCUAGGAACCGUAAAGUCGUCUCAGUGGAAAAGUUCGAUCUUGAAAUCCCUGAGACUGCUCAUCAGAUCAGCAGCGAUUCAUGGUUUCAGGUAGCAUUUGUACUAACAACCGGUAUAAACAGCGCCUAUGUGUUGGGAUAUUCCGGGACAGUCAUGGUUCCUUUGGGUUGGAUUGGUGGUGUGGUUGGUCUCCUUCUCGCUACCGCAAUAUCCCUUUACGCAAACUCUCUUAUAGCCAAGCUUCAUGAGUUUGGUGGAAAACGACACAUUCGUUAUAGAGAUCUCGCUGGCUUCAUCUACGGUAAAAAGAUGUAUCGUGUUACAUGGGGAUUGCAAUAUGUCAAUCUUUUCAUGAUUAAUUGUGGCUACAUCAUACUUGCUGGUUCCGCUUUAAAGGCGGUUUAUGUACUUUUUAGAGAUGACAGUGUAAUGAAACUGCCUCACUUUAUCGCCAUUGCGGGUGUUGUAUGUGCGCUUUUCGCAAUCGGUAUUCCUCAUUUAUCAGCUCUUGGAAUAUGGCUAGGAGUAUCAACAAUCCUCAGCCUGAUUUACAUUGUUGUUGCAAUAGUUCUAUCAGUUAAAGAUGGAGUAAACAAACCUUCAAGAGAUUACAACAUACAAGGAUCAUCAGUAGACAAAAUCUUUACCAUAACAGGAGCAGCAGCAAAUCUAGUUUUCGCAUUCAACACGGGUAUGCUCCCAGAAAUACAGGCCACUGUGAAGCAACCGGUGGUUAAAAACAUGAUGAAGGCUCUGUAUUUUCAAUUCACUGCUGGUGUAUUACCAAUGUAUACCGUUACAUUCAUCGGUUAUUGGGCUUACGGCUCCUCAACAUCAACUUAUCUGUUAAACAGUGUCAGUGGACCUCUCUGGGUUAAAGCUCUAGCUAACAUUUCAGCCUUUCUCCAAUCCGUUAUCUCUUUACACAUUUUUGCAAGUCCGACGUAUGAGUUUAUGGACACAAAGUAUGGAAUCAAAGGAAGUCCAUUAGCACUGAAGAAUCUGUUGUUUAGAACAGUAGCGCGAGGAAGCUACAUCGCGGUGAGCACUCUUCUCUCAGCGCUUUUACCGUUUCUUGGAGAUUUCAUGAGCCUCACGGGAGCUAUAAGCACUUUCCCUCUCACGUUCAUAUUAGCAAAUCACAUGUAUGUCGUAGCUAUGAACGAUAAGCUUAGUCCUGUUCAAAAGCUAUGGCAUUGGCUUAACGUUUGCUUCUUUGGGUUAAUGUCUCUUGCUGCUGCAAUUGCUGCUGUUAGACUCAUUGCUGUUGACUCCAAGAACUUCCAUGUUUUUGCUGAUGUCUGAAAAGUGCUAUAUCUUUGUCGUCUACGACAUUGUUUAUGUUGUAAUCUCCUUAUAGCGAAACAACUGUAAUCCAUUUUAUUGUUACUUGUACUUCGCUUACAAAUCAAAAAGACUUAUAACCGUUUCCGGUUUGGUUUGACAA